UUUACAAUAUUGGUUACAUUUUAGUAAACCAACGGAAAAUAUAACCACCACAAACGGUCCCUCUCCUCUCCCUAUUUUUUUUUUUCCUUUCCAAUUUGCAACCAUUUGUUUUUUCAGUUCCAUUUUCAUGGCUACCAAGAUCUCCUCCACGUUCCCAUUCCCUCUUGAGAAAUCCUCACAACCGUUUCGAAGAAUCUCAGUCUUGGCUCUUCCGCAGCUGAAUUACAGACAUGGGUUUGGCUUCUCCAGCAAAAACUCAGGCUUUAGAGGACUAUCUGUGAAUGCUGUGAAAGAAGAAGUAAUUGAAUCUACAAAUUCAGAAACUACCCUUCAUUCCCAAACAACUCUUCCUUCUUCCACUAAGCUUGUUCUUGUCGUCGGCGCCUCCGGCGGCGUAGGGCAGUUGGUAGUGGCAUCUUUGCUGAACCGGAACAUCAAAUCACGUCUAUUAUUAAGAGAUCCUGAGAAAGCAACUUCUCUGUUUGGUAGCCAAGAUGAAGAGAAGCUAAAGGUUUUUAAAGGGGACACUCGAAACCCAUCAGAUCUAGAUCCAUCUAUAUUUGAGGGCAUUACACAUGUGAUUUGUUGCACUGGAACAACUGCAUUUCCUUCCAAGAGAUGGGAUGGGGAUAAUACACCUGAAAGAGUAGAUUGGGAGGGUGUAAGGAAUCUUAUAUCUGCAUUGCCUUCGUCACUGAAGAGAGUAGUUCUUGUUUCAUCAGUUGGCGUAACCAAGUUCAAUGAACUACCAUGGAGCAUUAUGAACCUAUUUGGGGUUCUCAAGUAUAAAAAGAAAGGGGAAGAUUUUCUUCGAGAGUCUGGCCUUCCAUUUACCAUUAUCAGAGCUGGUAGAUUGACAGAUGGACCUUAUACAUCAUAUGAUCUUAAUACUUUGCUUAAGGCUACUGCUGGGCAACGCCGUGCAGUUCUCAUUGGUCAAGGAGAUAAACUGGUUGGAGAGGUCAGCAGGCUUGUGGUUGCUGAAGCUUGCAUACAAGCACUGGACAUAGAAAUUACGGAAGGCAAAAUUUAUGAAAUCAACUCGGUUGAAGGGGAAGGUCCAGGAACCGAUCCAGAAAAGUGGGAAGAGCUAUUUACAACAGCCCAAGCAUAGUUCCACCUCUUCUCUACAGUCAAGAAUGCAUGC